CGUGGCCAGUAUGCAGACUCCGGAGCCAGAGCCAAGUCGCGAAGGUUUUUCGCCCGUGGCCUCCGCAUCUCUUGGCCCCACUUAGUAUUGCUUGCGGCCUACCUCUUCUACCUGGGCAUCGGAGGUUGGAUCUUCCUGGCUAUAGAAGGAGGCAGCCAGCCGGACUUCUCUCGGGAGGUGGACCGAUACGAGGUGCUUAAGGCGCAGAUCGACGGGGCCGUCCGUAACCUGACGAAGGGCCAACGGGUGACGGUGGCAAACCUGACCGACAUCUGGGAGGAGUAUACGGCGCUGGUUGAGGACCCGUACCUUGACGACCUCACCCACUUGAGCCGGGUCGACUGGACUUAUACUGGUAGUGUACUGUUCUGUGCAACGAGUAUUGCAACAAUUGGCUACGGUGAUGCCGUACCGGUGACUGCUUGGGGUCGUGUUGUCAUCGUCAUCUACUCCCUGAUUGGGAUACCUCUCACCCUGACCUUCCUGGCUGACAUCGGAGGCAUCCUGGCUCGCUUAGUCGUCCUACUAGCAGGUAAAUGCCAGUGUAGCAGGCAGGACCGGAGGUCACCGCGACCCGUCAACCAAUCGCAGGACUUGGGCAAUGCCAUGAGGGAGCCCCUCCAUCACCAGAAUGGACUUUCUACUCGGUCGACGGACGCUCGAGCUUCCAGUGCCUACGAUCAUGUUGAGGAGAGGGGUGACAUCAUGGAGAUGCGAUUUUCCCUAGGCGUCUUCAAGGACUCGGCUGACCCGGUCAGGGGCAGCCAGCCCAACUCCAGGCGGAGCUCUAUGGACGUGGAGGCAGCGCAGCAGGCGGAGCUGGACCAACUGGCGAAGAGUAGCAAGAUCAACACCUUGUCGGGGAAUACGAACCUGGCAUUCGCUCCAGACGGCGAAACCCGUGAGGAGGAAAAGAAGACUCCGAGCAGUCCGAGGACUAGUCCGGACAGCAUCGCUGUGAAAGGAACAGACAAUAGGGAAGACACAGGCUCGGAGCAACGCCACGUGCCGGUUGUCCUUGUAGUGGCCAUCUUGCUCAUGUACACCUUCAUAGGUGCUCUUAUGAUCGCCUACGUCGAAGGCUGGUACUACGGCGAGGCGCUGUACUUCACUUUCAUAACUUUAACAACCAUAGGUUUCGGUGACUUUGUGCCUGUCAAACAUUACAUGGACAUCCCCUCUUUCUUUGGUUGCCUGGUGUACACCAUUGUAGGUUUGUCUGUCAUGUCCAUGUGCAUUGCUCUCGUGCAGGCCAAAGUUGUCGGGUUGAUGUCUAGGGUAGCCGGUAAAAUUGGUUUUUGAAACCGCAAACCAUUUGGUUAUCUUGUUUUCAAUUUCUGCAACUCACUUAGUCACUUAAAACUUUGUUUUGUGGCACUGUAAUAAUCACAUGAGACGAUCUGUUCAUAUUAUCUGCUGGCUUGAUAUUUUGCAUAAAGGUCUACCAAACCUUGCCAAAACUUGCCUUGAGAGGAUUGUUGCUGAGUAGGAAUGGACGUAAUAAUGCACAAUAAUAAGGGCAUGAAUGUGUGCUUGGCCGGUUUUAAACAUUGUUUUUAAGUUGGACUCUGGAUGCUGAAUAUUACCUGAGCCAAAACCCUUAUUGGGUGAUCGGGCACAAUCCUAUCACUAUUCUGAAAUCGUUUGUAAAUCUUCUUUUUUCCUUCCUUUUCGAACAAUAAUUCUCUGCAACUUUUCUUCUAAACGAUGUAUGGCAUAAACUUAAAGCUUCGAACAUACACGUAUAUCAACGCUGAUAUCAAGAUGUGCAUAUUACCCUGACGUUAUUAUGACGUCAUUAGGUGUCAAAUUACAAGCGAUUUUAGUUUUUAAAAGUUACCAUGUUUGUUCGUUGAUAAUCAAUGAACAAAAUAACGAUGGGACCAUAAUCCUCAUCAACAUAUUUGUUGUGUACGUGAAUCGCUUGAUCUUAACUUCCGGGGUAACCGGAAGGUCCAAGAUGAAUUCAAAAUGCCAACGGAAGCCUCAAAAUCAAAACAAACCCAAUUUCUUCGAAAUGUGUCAGGGGAUGAAGAUAAAACCAGGUGUGAACUUCAACCCGUGUCUGAAGAUGUGAAACAUUAUGUCACGUCAUCAUCGAGUAUCAAAUUACAAGCGAUUUAAGGUCACAAUUUGAAAAAUGACUUUAAGUAAUAACUGUCAAAUGAAUGAACCCCUCUUAUUGUUUGUAAUGUGGUAGGCAUUGCCUCAGGCAAUACCGGUAUUUUAGAUUCCCGGGCACAGAGCCAUUUGACCAUUACUUCCGGUGUUACCUGAAGUGCAGUGAGAAUUGAAUAUAACUCGAAACGGAAGCCUUUUACUAUGCAAAAUAAUGAUCAGUGAGAAAUGCCAAACACAAAAAUUGGCAUUAUGACGUCAUCUCCCGAGUCUUGUAAAAUACAGUUGAACCUCUAUGAAUUUCACAGAGACAGGCCGAGUCCCUAUCCAAGUUCAAAAGUUCUCUUAUUACUUGAACCGUAACACUUUUGUCCCUCUUAUCUCUCUGUUAUCGAAUUAUUGUUUUUCAAUUUUAAUUUCAGUCAGUUUUGUUGGUUUUAUUUGUUUAUAUUUUUAUUCUUACAUAUCCCUUUAAUUACACAUUUUUAUGCAUGAUUUUCAAUUACUUCUCUUUUAGUGUCAUUUUAGUUUAGUUUGUUUGAUUAUUGUUAACAAUUUUAAUUUCAGUCAGUUUUGUUGGUUUUAUUUGUUUAUAUUUUUAUUCUUACAUAUCCUUUUAAUUUAUGCAUGAUUUUCAAUUACUUCUCCUUUAGUGUCAUUUUAGUUUAGUUUGUUUGAUUAUUGUCUUUAACUGUUUCAGUCCUUAUUCAUUCAUUUAAAAAUCAUCCUUUGUCCUGUUUUUGAUAUUUUCCAUGCAUACCUGAUCGUGAUGGCUAUAUCUCUACUUAUGUUAUGGCAUAGUUUUCGGUUGUUUUUGUAUCUUGCUUGUUUAUUUUAUCUUAUCUUAUUUUAAAUUUUUUUUGUUGGACGUGUUCUUAAUAUUCAUCCCUUCAUUAGGAAAUUGGGUUUUUUCUUAAUUUAUGUAUUUUAAUGUAUUAUGUGGUUGCUAUUUUUUAAAUAUUCAUAUUUCUUUUCUUGCUUUUAUCUCUUAACUUCAUUGUGCUUGUUUGGGUGUUUGUUUGUUAAUUUUGUUUGUUUUUUAUUAUUAUUUUUAUUUAUUCAUGUUAAAUUAUAACAAUUUUCUUUUCUUUGUGCUGAUAGAUUUGGUCCUGUUACUUACGUAAAUUUUAGAUUUUUAUAUAUUUAUAUAUUUUUAAAAACUCUUUUAAUAUUGUCAUUUUAUUAAUUAAAAAUUUUGGUUUUGUUUCAUGUUUUUAUUGGUGUCAUUUAAUAACUUAUUUUAAUGUAAUCAGGGCCCUUAAGAAUAGCAGUUCAAAUAACUGAAAAGGCUACCCUGUUGAAAUACAACUAUAUUAUAAAUCAUUCUUGUAUUUGCACAUUUCAACAGAUGAUGUCAUCAAACCGGAAAUAGCGUGUAUGUGCAAAUCAAAUUUAUACUGAAAUUGAUCAAAUGCAAAAGGACGCAUAUAUUUUUAAUUAAAACAAAUGGUUCCACUGGAAA